AUGGUGCGGAGCAGCCAAAAAACCGGGUUCGGCCCGAACCGACUUCAUAGAAAAGGCACUCACUUUGUGGGCACCGAGCCGCCGGCACUCAAAUAUCAUUUGGUAGGUGAUUUACUUUGUUUUUCGGCUUAAAAGCGUUGAAAAAUAAUUUUUCUAAAUUUUUCAGCUGCAAGACAAGAAGCCAACCGAUGAGUAUGGCCUUCAGGGCACCAAUCACAAGUUGCCGGGCACUGGAAAAGUCCACAGUAAAUUGCCGACCAAGGUAAACCUUUAUUUUUCCGAAAAACAACGAGUUUCUCAAUUUUUUCGCUUCAGGUUCACAUGAAGAAGGACAAAGUGUACGCGUGGUGCUCGUGCGGCUACAGCGGCUCGCAACCGCUCUGCGACGGAUCGCACAACUCGAUCCGGAUUCCGGACCUUAAAUUGAAGCCCGUUCGGUUCAUUCCUGACAAAGAUAUGACGGUGUGGCUGUGCAAUUGCAAGCAGAGCAAAAAUCGGUAGGGUUUGUGGGAAUUCAGUGGAAAAGUUAAUUAUUUCUUCUUUCAGACCAUUCUGCGACGGUUCACACAAGACGAUCGCCGAGGAGGACAAAAAAGCGGGACUCUUCGACUAA